UGAAGAAGCUAUCUGGGUGCUAUUUUGUAAUUAUCGUCAUUUUCGCAACGAAUAAGAAAAAGCAGAAAAAAUCACGGCGAAUCUGCUGCCGUUUGGGUCACGCAGCUAGGUCUUAUCACUGGCAGUGAGAUAGUGCCACCAAAGAUUGACCUUUCGAUAGUGGUCUGUCUGCUGCAGACAGCAGUGUAGUGGGGGCAACGACAGCAGCAGGAUGUCCAGCGAAGAGGACAAACCACCGGCACCACCGGUACGGCUUACCAGCAAUCGAGGUGGUGGCGAUCGGAUCGAUAGUACCGCACCGGUGGACAUGAAACCCCUGCCGAAAGAACCAGAUGACGCGGAUCGGAAGAAGAAAACGCUCAAAAACAAAAUCAAGGUCUCCAAGGCAUCCCACAAUGACUCCAAGCCCAACAUCUCGUAUCCGACCAAUUUCGAGCACACGGUCCACGUGGGAUUCGACGCAAUCACCGGCGAGUUCACGGUAAGCUACCUUUUGACUGCCCAAUUUUGAUUCGUACGCAUGCGUUACGGCUUGUUCUUUGUUAUAAUUGCGCGUUAGGGUCCUUAAAUAAAAUCCACUCCACUUCCACUCCAAUUGAACAAACCUACCGACGCUAAGCGAUUAUUUAACCGACAAAAUGUGCAUUGACAACGAGACGCAAACAUACAUUAGCCUUUCCACACUUGAAAUUUACAUUCGGUAAAUCCCAAUCGACUCCGGCGAUCAUCGCUUUCACUUUUACCGCUCUGUUGGCUGUGCACCCAAGAUGCUAUUUUCAGUUUUAUCGUUCGGGCGUUCUUCGUUAAGGUUGAUUUCAUACCCUAUUGUAAAUAAAUCUCUUAUACUUAUCGUUUUAGUUCGAACCCUCAGCAUUGUGCGUAUUUUAUUUUUGGCAAGAACUCAUUACUUGUGUCAUCACUAGGGCUCUGCUUAAAUAGGUUGUGUAAUUCUUUUUUGGUUCGCUUUAUCCAUCCAUGCCAGGCACUGUUGACUGGCAAACCCCUUCGAAAGGUUGACUCAAAUGACGAACAAUCUAAAGCCAG